UCCAGCUCCGGCUCCAUGUGGCGGGCGGUGGCCCGACGCCUCGUCCCGGCCGCCGGCCUGGCGCGGGGCUGCCGAGCGCUCAGCGCCGCCGCCGUCGGCCCCGGCGCGGCCGUGGGGGCCCGGGCGGGGGCUCCGGGACGCGGCCCGGCGCUGGGCGGCCCCGCCCGCGGGCCCCGGGGGCUCCUGCCCGCAGCCGGGCCCCGGGUCGUCCCCAGCCGCUGCUGCAGCCUGCCGGCACACCAGAAGGUGGCCCUGCCGGCGCUGUCCCCCACGAUGCAGAUGGGCACCAUCGCGCGCUGGGAGAAGAAGGAAGGUGACAGGAUCGGCGAAGGAGAGCUCAUUGCAGAGGUGGAGACAGACAAAGCAACAGUUGGCUUUGAGAGCCUGGAGGAAUGCUACUUGGCCAAGAUCCUGGUGCCAGAAGGAACAAGAGAUGUUCCUAUUGGGGCCAUAAUAUGUAUCACAGUAGAAAAGCCUGAACAUGUUGAUGCCUUUAAAAACUACACUCUGGAUACUGCAGCGUCUGCGCCCCCUGCAGCCUCAGUGCCUCCCCCUCCAGCCGCAGCUCCCUCAGCCCCACCUCAGCCUUCUCCUCAGGCUCCUGGCAGCUCUUACCCUCCUCACAUGCAGGUCACUCUCCCUGCCCUGUCACCUACCAUGACAAUGGGCACGGUGCAGAGAUGGGAGAAGAAAGUCGGGGAGAAACUGAAUGAGGGAGACUUACUGGCAGAAAUUGAGACAGAUAAAGCCACAAUAGGCUUUGAAGUGCAGGAGGAAGGCUACUUGGCAAAAAUCUUGGUGCCUGAAGGAACAAGAGACGUGCCAUUAGGAACAACCCUCUGCAUCAUUGUGGAGAAGGAGUCUGAUAUUCCAGCCUUCGCUGACUACCAAGAGACUGCGGUAGCUGACAUGAAGGCGCAAGUUCCUCCUCCUCCUCCUCCGCCUCCACCAGUGGCAACUCCUGCUGCAGCUGCUCCUCCUCCCCAGCCUGCUGUUCCUUCCACUCCAGUAGUCCCCGCAGCUGGGCCACCUCCCCGGAAAGGGAGGAUCCUCGUUAGUCCUCUGGCAAAGAAACUGGCAGCAGAAAAAGGAAUUGACCUUGCCCAAGUGAAAGGUACUGGACCAGAGGGUAGAAUCACAAAGAAAGAUGUGGAGUCGUUUGUGCCGCCAAAGGUUGCUCCAGCUCCAGCAGCAGAAGCGGUACCUGCAGCUGCUGCAGUCGCGGCAGCACCAGUGGGGACCUUCACAGAUAUCCCUAUCAGCAACAUUCGGAGGGUCAUUGCUCAACGACUGAUGCAAUCUAAACAAACAAUACCUCACUACUACCUUUCUAUCGAUGUGAACAUGGGAGAAGUACUGGUGCUAAGGAAAGAACUCAAUCAGGAGGUCUCGGAUAACAUUAAGCUUUCAGUCAAUGACUUCAUAAUUAAAGCUUCAGCUCUGGCAUGCUUGAAGGUGCCUGAGGCAAAUUCUUCGUGGAUGGACACAGUUAUUAGGCAAAACCACGUAGUGGACGUUAGCGUUGCAGUGAGUACUCCUGCAGGCCUUAUAACACCUAUUGUGUUUAACGCGCAUAUAAAGGGCCUGGCUUCCAUCAGUAAGGACGUGGUUUCUUUGGCCACUAAAGCUCGAGAAGGUAAACUUCAGCCACAUGAAUUCCAGGGUGGCACUUUCACGAUUUCCAAUUUAGGAAUGUAUGGGAUUAAGAAUUUCUCUGCCAUAAUCAAUCCACCUCAAGCCUGCAUCCUCGCAGUUGGUUCCUCAGAGAAAAGGCUAGUGCCGGCUGAUAAUGAGAAAGGAUUUGAUGUGGCCAGUGUGAUGUCCGUUACACUUAGCUGUGAUCAUCGUGUUGUAGAUGGAGCAGUUGGAGCACAGUGGCUUGCUGAAUUCAAGAAUUUCCUUGAGAAGCCAGUAACCAUGCUGCUAUAAUUUAACCAUGCAAGCAGAAUUUUCCUGGGUCACACUGUUUUGUUUUAAACAAGCUAUUUAGAUAGACUUUAGUGUUCAGACUUAUUAAAGAGUUCCUUUUUUUUUUUUUAAUUUUAAAUAUGUAUUAUAUUAUCUGGUAAUGUUAUUACCAGUCUGUACAGAAACAAAAGUUUGCAAAAAUGCUUUUCAAAGCAAUAUCACAGCUAUACUGUAUUUUUAUACAGUUAGUUAACUUGCAAACUCUUCCAAAACGGAGUUAAGCAUCCCAGAUUUACAAAUGAUCCAGGCAGAAUGCAUACUGCCACCUGCUUCUACACUAGAUUGAACGAGGAGGGGCGGGGUACAUACCAGGUAACUUCAUGACCUCAGUGUUCUCAGAAAUUUGAAUUACAAACGUCUCUUCACAGGAGUUCAGAUUAGAUGGUAACUGAAACGUACAAGGUAGUAGGUGAAUUCCCAUAUUAUCCUGUUCUGCUGGGGUGGGUGACAGUGACAGAUGCACUAAGGGACUGAAGCCCCUGGGAAUGGUUUCUCAAAGGCCAAGUGUUAGCAUUCCAAAACUCUCUUGGAAUUUGGCACUGGUUUGGACCUUCUCAGCUUUGGGAUCCCUUUUGAGCACUUUAAAGGUGAAAGAGCACUGAUACCUGUGGUGUCACAGCUCUCAGAUGCCACAGGGAAUGUGCUGUCUUUGUGUAGACUUUCACUUACAUGUGCUUUUCAUAUGAAGACUCUUUAAUUGCUUUUCCUCUUGCUAAGUUAGUAUCGGGCUAUGAUGCCAUGGAAGUAACCGUUUUGCAGAAUAUUCGAGAGACUUUGUGUGUUGGAACCCAUAUAGGCAAAUCACACAUGAUAAUAGUGCCACCAGUGGAUGUUAAUCAUGUGGUGACUCAAAUGUUUGAAAUUUUUUUCAGGCAUUCUAACAUAGGAAGCUCUGCGUUAGUCACUGGUACUGCAGUUCUUCCCUGAAUUGUCUAUGUUGUCCCAGCCUCAGUAAACUGCAGAAUGUGCUAUCCAUGUAUAUAUUGUAUGUAAAAUGCUUAAGUAGUUUGUUGGACUUGUGUCCAGUUACCCCAGUCAUUGUAUCCUGAAAGGGAUGCAGUGCUGAACAUUCUUAAAUUCCACUUUCCACUUGGAAAUGUUCAUGUAAAAAGGAGGAUUGUGCAGUAAUUACAAAGUGACCGGGAGAAUUCAACAGGGGGAGAAGUUAACAAAACAAAAAGUUAAAGCUAAUCUGUUUUUCUGUAUAUUGCAUUAAGUACUGUCUCCUGUAAAGUUCUGCUACAAAAUUCACUAAAGAUAUUGGAAGAAAAUACUGUGGAAAUUAAAUAUUUUUGUGGGAACUAUUUAAUGUCUGGUUGCUGGGAUAGCUGGUUUUCAUGCCUGGCUUAAGCAAGAAAAAAAAAAAAAAGUGCAUUAAAGUUUGUUUUUUUUAAAGAUCUAAAAUAUCUUGGUUCCAGACUUGCUCUAGUGAACCUAUGUUCUAUUAAAUGUUUGGAAUUGACAACUACUAAAA